AUGUCUUUGCUGCGCGACCAAGUUUUGUCACGGUAUCGCGAAGCCGCAGACACCAUCGCCACAUCACAGCAUGCCAACCCCAACCCAGAAAACUCCCACGCUGAUGCCGCUCAGGAACAAUCACAAUUAGAGAGCGUAGAUCUAAAAGGACAUGCGAUGCAACAAUUACUGCAGCGCCAAGCACGCUGUCUCGCCAAGCUCCAUGAGGCCCUAGAGCAAGGGACUGAUGCUGGAGUGGAUGAAGAUUUGCUGCAGACGAGGUUGGAUGACCUUGCGUCGGUUUCUAUGUCGAUGUUUUAUGCUUAUCGAUUCGACUUGCUGCCUCAGUAUUGGAGGUGGAUAUAUACGGAUACCUUGAUUCUCAUGUCGCAUUAUGCUAUUCUGCAGGCUGCUCGAUGUGGUGCGUUGGAUGAGCACGUUAUGGACCGCGUGGUUGAGGAUCUAGACAGAGCCCUCAUCGUGGCCGGUGGUGCAGGCAAGUUUCUCGGUAAGCAGUGGAUUGAAGGGACGCUGGACCUGCUCAGUCACUUUUGGGAGGAAGAAAAAUCCACAGUCGCCGGCGAGCAGAGGCCGCAUAAGCGCAUCAAAAGAGAGCAAACGUUUUCUGAUUGCGAGCCAUUUGGCCGUCCCAGUCUCUCAGCAGACAGAACCUGUCCACGAUAUGAAGGUUGGACAUUGGAGGGAUUCGAAAAAUAUAUGAACGAGGAGAGCCGGGGAAGACCGCUGCCCAUUGUGUUCACAGACUUGAUAAAGGAUUGGCCUGCUUUUUCGGAUGCCCCGUGGAACAGUCCCGAUUAUCUCCUCUCCAAGACAUUUGGCGGGAGGAGACUCGUACCCAUUGAGAUUGGGCGAAGCUAUGUCGACCAGGGAUGGAGCCAGGAACUCGUGCAGUUUAGAGACUUCCUGACGAGAUACAUCGACCCCGGCAUCCUACCGCAUCAUGCUGGCGAUGACAUAGAACCAAUACCCCAAAAGGAGGGCAAACGGACACCACAGGAUAUAGGCUAUCUCGCACAGCACAACCUCUUCGGGCAGAUCCCCGCCCUGCGCAACGACAUCCAGGUGCCGGACUUUUGCUGGGCUGACGUCCCGCCGCAUCCUACGACCCGGGCCAAGGACCAGGCGCCCGUGGACAUUCCGCAGCUGAACGCGUGGUUUGGCCCUGCGAGGACCAUAACUCCGCUUCACACGGACGGGUAUCAUAAUUUGCUGUGUCAGGUAGUUGGGACGAAGUAUGUGAGGCUGUAUGCUCCUGAGGAUACGGGGCGGUUGAGGCCUAGGGGGGUUGAGCUUGGUGUUGAUAUGAGCAACACGAGUGAGUUGGAUGUUGGCGUUUUGGAAGGCUGGGACAAGGCUGUUGAUAGUGGUGAUUGUGAUGAUGGAGAGGAUGAAGAAGAGAGCAGAAGGAAAGAAGAGCUGGCAGAUGUCCCCUAUUGGGAAUGUAUAUUGCGGCCGGGAGACACGCUGGUCAUUCCGAUAGGGUGGUGGCAUUACGUACGCAGCCUGAGUAUCAGCUUCAGUGUGAGUUUUUGGUGGAAUUAG